AUGGCGUCAAGUACCCACUCCUCUCGCGUUUCGACCAAACAGCUUUUGGCCACUACGCUGGUUGCCUUAGCAGCCUGCAGCAAUGCUCACGCCGCUGCGACCAACAACUCUACUUCUGUCGAUCACGCUACGUUUGGUGACAUCAGGUCAGGUAGCGACAAGUGUGUUAUCGGAAACCCCAAUGCGGGGGGAGUCACCCGUGAGCAGAUCGACUGGGUGUGGGAGAACACGAUGAAAAAGUACGUCACCACGCCUCAGUUCGGGAACCUCAUCUUCGACCAGCUCGUGAACAACAAGGGCAAGCUCAGCUACUGCGUGCGUUGGGAGAACGAGAAGAAGCUGACCAAGGCCGUGGCAUCCAAGUUCCAAGCCAUGAUCGAGCAGCAGAUCAACCUCUGGAACCGCUGGCUGGUGGGCUACAACUGCUGGCCAAUCGACAAAAUCGACGUCACGGUGGUGGGCUUUGCCGUGCGCGACAAGUCGAUCAUGGACUGGGACGACGACUCGCUGGGCACUAUCUACGAGGGUAUUCUGGACCAGGAAGGCAACCCCAAAUGUCCAGAUGAAUGCUACAAGCACCGAGGGCAAGCUGCGAGCGCUGAUACGAGUGAGUGCAAGGGUGCGCCGUUCGAUAUGUCGCUAUGGCCGUCGGUAUCACCGGGAGAAAAUGCUGUCGGCACAGACGGCGACUGGGGCCAACGCAUCGAAGUGAACCAUUUCCUGGAAAAUCUGGACCAGGAGCAGCAAAUGGUCAUGCUGCACGAGAUUGGUCACGGCUUCGGUUUGCCGGAGAUGUACGUGUCUGAGAACAAACCUGCCGACUAUCCUGCUUGUGUGAUGGAUGAAGGUGCCACGCUGACGGAGGGCGAUGGCUGGUUGCUUCGCAGCGUCUUGGAGAAUAUUAGAUCUCGCUUGAACUACUAAGCAAGAUUGAGAAUCGCCCGUGAUGUAGUGGGCUGACCGCUGGAUGAUAAAAUAACGUUGAUGUUUGUGUUGCCUG